UAACGAACACGGAGGAACAGAGGAAAGGGAAUGACUCUGUUGGUCAGAGAAGAAUCUCUCCGGUUCAUUCCCCAAAAUUAGGUUCAAGAAGGAAUGUACCCCAUCAGCAAGUGACGAAUAGAUCGCCGAGAAUGAGAAAACCGGUGGCUGAGACUUACGAGAAGGAUAAGGAGUUGAGUAUAGCAGAGGAUGAAUCAUCCACCAUCUCGGAGAGCAGCAUUAGCACGUCUUCGCAGACAGAUACAGAGAGAUGCAAGUUGGAGGAGUACAAGGAAGGGAGAAAUCUAUUGGAGAGGUGUGAUAAGCUGCUGCACAGCAUAGCCGAAAUAACUGCGAGCGAGUUGCAGCCGAGCCCAGUCUCAGUGCUGGACUCGUCUUUUGACAAGGACGAGUGUUCAUCACCAUCUCCAGUCAUGAAGCGGUGCAUUGAUUACAGAGAACAACCCGCCGAGUCAGAGGACGACAUGUGGAGUGCAGCCAUGGGUUUCAUGGGAGGAGCCAAAUCGGAGGAGACAUCCGAGGAUUACGACUUCGUUUAUGUGUCGGAAAUCCUGCGAGCUUCCAAUUACUUGCCCGAAGACAGCGACAUUUUCCUAUUACUGGAAAAGCAGCAGUAUCUCAAGGGGAAUGACACCUCCAAAGCUUCCACCCUCCAAAGAAGACUCAUCUUCGACACCAUACACGAAAUCCUGAAGCGGAAUAAACAACUUCCGCCGUGGAAGGCAAUUUCGUGGAUUGGGCAGACACCGUUGUUGCAGAGAAUAUGGUCAGAGUUCCGGCGGAUCCGAAGAGAGAAGGAGGAAUCAGAGGACUUGUUCGACGUAAUAUGCGGCGUGCUAAGGAAGGACUGGCGGAGGACGGCAUGA